AUGAGGGCCUGUGUACCCCUGACAGUGGCCAUGCUCUGCGGCUUGGCCUGGGCCGGCAACAGGAAGUCAUGUGCAUCUCGCUGUAAUGAGAGAUUUGACCGGGAUGCGGUCUGCCAGUGUGACCGCCGGUGUUCCCGGCACCGGGACUGCUGUGAAGACUAUGAGCAGCUGUGUACAGCUGAAGAGAAUCCCAUAGAACCAGAGCCAUUCCUGGAGCUGGAAGAGGAGACGGAGGGCGCCCCGGCUAGCAGCUUAUACUUGGCACCCAACUCCUGCCAGGGCCGCUGCCUGGAGGCCUUCGACAAGCACCACCCAUGCCACUGUAAUGCCCGCUGCCCAGAGUUUGGAAACUGCUGCGAGGAUUUUGAGAGCCUGUGUGGCCAUGAGGGCUUCUCCCACAGCAGCGAUGCCAUAAGCAAGGAAGAACUGCAGAGUGUCUCUGAGAAGAUCUACAGGGCAGACACCAACAAAGCCCGGAAGGAAGACAUCGUUCUCAACAGCCAAAACUGCAUCUUGCCCUCAGAGACCAGAGACCGAGUAGACCGCUGCCCAGAGCCGCUCUUCACAUAUGUCAAUGAGAAGCUCUUCUCUAAGCCAACCUACGCCGCCUUCAUCAACCUCCUCAACAACUACCAGCGGGCCACGGGCCGCGGGGAGCACUUCACAGCCCAGGAGCUGGCUGAGCAGGACACCUUCCUCAGAGAGAUCAUGAAGACGGCUGUCAUGAAGGAACUCUACGGCUUCCUCCACCAGCAGAACCGCUACAGCUCGGAACAGGAGUUCGUCAGCGACCUAAAAAACAUGUGGUUUGGGCUGUAUUCCAGAAGCAAAGAAGAGAGGGACUCAAGUGGCUUUGAGCACGUCUUCUCAGGUGAAGUCAAAAAAGGCAAGGUCACUGGCUUCCAUAACUGGAUCCGUUUCUACAUGCAAGAGAAGGAGGGCCUGGUGGACUAUUACAGUCACAUCUAUGAUGGGCCUUGGGAUUCUUACCCCGACGUGCUGGCCAUGCAGUUCAACUGGGAUGGGUACUACAAGGAAGUGGGCUCAGCUUUCAUUGGCAGCAGCCCUGAGUUUGAGAUGGCGCUCUACUCUCUGUGCUUCAUUGCCAGGCCAGGCAAAGUGUGCCAGCUGAGCCUGGGUGGACAUCCCUUGGCCAUCCAGACCUAUACCUGGAACAAGUCAACCUAUGGAAAUGGCAAGAAGUACAUCGCAACAGCCUAUGUGGUGUCCUCCAUCCAUUAG